AUGAUACCAUAUCGUGGCGAUCGAUUCGAUCAUUUUAAUAAUGGUCAGCCUGUCAAUCGACAUAUGGUACCUUUUCCUCAACAACAGCAACCGCAAAUAGUACAACCUCAAUCGAUAAUGUAUAGCGCACCGACUUACCAGUUUCGUCAAUCUUACCUAGGCAAUAUGCCAAUGCAACAACAAACUCUAAUGUUUGUACAGUCUCGACCGCGUCCACAACAAUCUUGGAUACUUUCAUCUGGUCCACCUCAAUCGGCUCCGUUUAUGUCACCAUCCCCACCGACGUUUAAUCAGAUUCAACCGCCGUUGCCUCCACAACAACAAUCUUUCUCUGGUGGAAUCAAUAUACAACAACCAUCUUUCAGCGGUGGUACCGGUGUUAAUCAUCCACCAUUUAGUGGUGGAUUUUGUAUGCCACAGUCAUCAUUUAGUGGCGGUGGCAAUAAUGUUUCGCAACCUCUAUUGAAUUGUGGUACUGGUAUUCCACAGCCAUCAUUCAGUGGUGGUACCGGCGUAUUAAAACGAAAGAGUCAUUAUCUUGAAGAGUCUGAUUACGAUUUAUCGACAAACUCAACGCAUGACAAUAACAGAGAGCUUCCAUCGCUAAUGAAUAUCUCAACACAAUCAUAUAAUAAUAAUCAACCGCAACAAAAGCAUCAUUUUCAACAUGCAAAUUCUCGAUAUAUGGGAAAUACCAAUACAAUACUACGACUUCCACCGACUCCACAAGGCUCAUGUAUGCCACCCCCACCACCAACGGAAUCAUUUAACAAUCGACUUCCACAUCCGCAUUGGACAAACAGUGAUCGUAAUAUGUACCCUAUGCCUCCUCAAUUGGCACGUUCUACCCAACGUGAACAACAACAACAACAAGUAUUAACUAGUCAACUUUUUCAAAAACAUCAACUUAUUUCAAUUGAUACACUUCUUAAAGAACCCGGUCGAUUACAAAGGCCAGGACAACUGAUUAUUUUUCUACGUGGCUUACCUGGUUCGGGUAAAUCCUAUGUUGCGGAAUUAAUCAAAAAUGAAGAAGAGCUAAAUUCAAAAGGUACUAAUAAACCGAAAAUUCUUUCAAUUGAUAAUUACUUCUUAAACGAAAAUCAACUUGAAACAAAAGAUCCCAAAACCGGCAAAAUAACAAAAACAUCUGUUAUGGAGUAUGAGUAUGAUGCCAAAAUGGAAGAAACAUAUAGACGAAAUUUAAUUAAAUUAGUUCGAAAAUCGAUAGAUGAUCGUUUUUAUCCAUUUCUAAUUGUUGAUCAAAAUAAUGAACAAACAGGACAUUUUCGUGAUAUGGCUGAUUAUGCUGAAGCCAAUCAAUUUCAAGUUUAUUUUGUUGAAUUAAACAAUGAUAUACAAAUAUGUGCACAACGAAAUAUUCACAGUCGAUCUUCUGUUGACAUUGAACAAAUCCAUAAACGUUGGGAACAAUUACCACUUCGAUAUGAAAUUCUGGAUAUUCGUUCAUUACUUCAAUCCGACGCAAUCGAUGAGGUUGAAAUGGACGAUGCUCCUUCAGCGGCAACAACAACAGCAACUACUGAACAAAAUGACGCUGAAGAGGAGGAGAGUCAGAUUACAAAGAAAAGUAAAUGGGAAGCAAUGAUGGAAACAAAUCUCGAUCGUCUCGAUGGUGUAUAUCAACGUCGUAAUGUAUCAUCGUCGCCACUCAUUGAAAAAUAUUCGAAUAAUACAACAGGUAAUAUAGAAGAACAACCGAAUGAUUUAUCACCGGAUUGUCAAUCAAGAAAGAAAAAAGUUCGCUGGGCUGAUGUUGAAGAAAGUGCCCUUCAUUUACAUAAAAAAGCUGUUGGCUUUGUUGUUGGUCAAACAGAACAAGAUUGGCAACGGAUGAGCGAUGAUUAUGAUCCCAGUAAAAAAUUGAAUCAAUAUAAAUACAUUUAA